AAUUACACACGAGAUUCAGCACUAACACGGCCCGUAAAUAUUCAGCCCGGGCACGAUGGGACGUGCGGAGCUGCUGGUUUUUCUGCAGAGAAAACAGAAAAUGGAGAAGACUGAUUAGGUUUUUUAUGGAUUUCUCUUUUUUGUUUUGUCUUCUCUGAAAUGAGUUUUUCUGUCAAAACAAAUCAAAUUUCCUAGAGACUGACUGUUUCCACUAGAGGAUUAAGCUGCAACUUUUAAAGAUUAAACACAAGAAAGUGUUUUUAAAUCAAACUACUUCACCGUGGGCUGUAGCUCUCCCCACAAAACCGGGGUGCUGAUUGUUGCAGCUUCAGAGCUUCAAACGUGACAAAAUGAGAGAAUUAUGUUGUCGUUUAAUGAUUUUGGUUAUUUACUCCCAAAAACUUCAGAGGCUCAGCUCUGAUGUUGGCUUUCAGGCGCUAAUAUUAACAUUUGUAAUCCAUUUAUUUACAGACUUUAUGUUAAAAACAAAUCAAAACUUUAAAUCAGAAGCACAGUGAACGCCUGAAGGCUCGUCCAGCCUUUUUCAGGGUUUCUAUUUACUUCUAUUUAAGCUAUAAAUGUAAUUUAAGCUGGAUAAGCAAAAUAAUACACAUUUAAGGACUUUUAGAUGUUCUUUCAGUCUACUUCGACCUACUUUAGGUCCUCAGAUUUAAGUUAUCUAGACCUUUGACUUUAAUUUAGUCUAAAAGUAAAACUAGUUUUGUUGGAUCACGGAGGCGGGUCCAGAAAGGAAACCCAGAUGUUUCUUUCUCCAGCUUCACCUGGAGAGUCCCAAGACAUUCCCAGAACGGAGGGAAUAAUCGAUCCCCCUCAGUGUCUAAAGCGCCGACGUAAGCAUCCCACUUAGAUGAUUGAACCACCUCAGCUGUCUUCUGUCGAUGAGGACAAAGCUGUAAGGCUCCGCCUUCCCCCAAAUUAGAUGAAGCAUCUGUUUCCAUGACUACGCCUUAAGAUCUCGUCCGUAAACAUCAAAAAUGGGAUCGGAGAUGAGGAAUAACCCUGAUGGAGCCCAACUAGGGUUUAUCUAGAAGGACCCGGGGAUGUUCAAAGUGACCCCGGAUGGACAAAAGAGGUCUUUUUAAACUUUAAUUUUCUUCUUUAGUCAGAUUUUGUCAGUGCAGCAACAGUCCGAGCAAAACCCACCGACUUUAAUCCUCAGAUUCAAGAUUUUGUUUCAGGAGCAAAUCUGCAAGGAAAACGUGCAGUUCCUCCUGUGGCCACCUGGGGCAGGGUCAAAGGUCAAAGACGAACAGGGUAACACCUAAAACAUGAUUACAGCCUUUUUAUACAGGGUCAGGGUCAAGUGUGUGUAAAGUACAGCUACCAGACCAUUUUUAUGAGUUUUCUCUAGUUUGUUAUUACAUUUGGAAAACCAACAAUUUUUAUGAAAGUUAAUUUACCGGAAUUCUGAAAGAUACCUGACAGAAAGUGUUUGUUUUUAUAAUAAUUAUUAUUAUUAUUAUUAUUAAUAUGAUGAUGAUGGUUAUUACUACAACUACAGAAAAAUCAAAACUCAAAUGACAAAGUAAAAAAUGGUAUAACCACAUAAACUCUAAAAAAACUCAUUCUGCCUAAAAACAUGUCAGUGACACGGUUAUUUAUACAGCCCAUUUCCAACAAUCAAGAGACUGCACAAAGUGCUGUACACAGACAAGCAGUAAAUAAAAUGAUGAAACACGUGAGAAACAUCCAGUAGACCCUAGAUAGAAUAAAUUAACGAUAAAAUCAGUUAGAAGCAAGGGUAAAAAGGUGGGUCUUUAAAAGAGAUUUAAGGGCAGAAAGGCUGCUAGCAGACCUAAUCUGUAGGGGAAGGCUGUUCCAGAGCUUGGGAGCGGCCACAGAAAAGGCUCUGUCGCCUCUGGACUUCAGCCUAGACUUGGGAAUAGAUAAUAGAUGUAGAGAGGAUGAUCGGAGGUUUCGUUUGGGGACAUGAGUGUUUAAGAGUUCCGACAGGUAAGGAGGGGCCAAAUUGCAUUGUGCCUUAAAACAGAGCAGUAGCAUUUUAAAUUGAAUCCUGUAAGUGAUCGGGAGCCAGUGAAGAGCUUGUAAGACUGGUGUUAUGUGAUCCCUGCGCCUCCUACCUGUCAGCAAGCGAGCUGCUGCAUUCUGAGCCACCUGCAAGCGGUGAACUGACGACUGCUCCGGUCCAUGAUAGAGAGGUGCAGUAGUCGAGUCUCGACAUGAUUAGUAGGUGUAUGACCUUUUCAAAGUCUUUAAUUGGUAAAUAGGGCUUGACUUUACUAAGAACACACAAAUGAAAGAACACACUCUGGACCACAGAGCUUAUCUUGAUCAAGCUUAAAAUGACCAUCAAUGAAAAAACCCAGAUUUCUUACCUGAGACAAGCAAAAUGAUUCUAAAGGGCCAAAUGCACUGUUUACCCCGUGCAACAGCCCAGGGUCCCCAAAAACGACGCUUUCAGUUUGUUUUUUACGUCAUUUAAAGUGAGAAGGUUCAAUUGUAGCCAGUUUUUAACGUCUUUUAGACAAUUCAGUAAUUUAUCAAACAAUGGCCUUCGAGAAUGUAGUGGGACACAUAUCUGCACGUCAUCUGCAAAGAAGUGGUAUGAGAUGCCAUGCUUAUGAAAGAUGGCGCCAAGGGGCAACAUAUACAGUGAGAACAAAAGCGGGCCCAAAACUGAACCUUGAGGAACACAAGUUUAAUUUCACAUGAAACCACAGAAAUAUAAACAACUUGAGUAGAAAUUGUGAUCAAACCGUUGAUAUUCUGGCUCAGACCCAAAACUCCUAACUCCUCUGAAGGCUUUAAGUGGAUUACAUCGGAUUAGGUGAUGUUGCAUCACGAGUCUCAGCUGUGAGUUGGUCCACAGCUUGUCUGUGUGUUCCUCACCAGGACGGCGAGCCUGAGCACACAGGAGGAAACGGUAGAUUAUUAAAUUCCUCAUGUGUGGAGCAGCUGUGCCUGUUCGCUGUGCGUCUGCAGCGGUUUGCCUCCCGUGAGCUCUGAGAAGUGCUGAUGUGGCACCUCGUCGUCAUAAUUUCAUCUUGUUCCAUCACAUCUCUCCUCUUUGUCUUUGGUUGUUCUGGACUUGCUGUCCAGAGUUUUUAUUUUUGUAAUGUAUUCUAAAAUAAUAAAGUUUGCCAAAAAGCUGAUGAAAAGGGUAAAAAAAAAAUCCCUAAUUUUCCAUGCCUGCAUCACUUUUCCAGUCCCUCCCGCCUUCUUUUCUCCUGUCUUUAAUUAUCAUGAAUCUGAGACUCCUGAUUGGCCAAAACUUUGGUCCAAUCAGGCUGAAGUAACCCCUCGAUCCCCCUCAGGUGGUCCAUGUGUGCAUCGGUGUGCAGCAGAGGUGAUGGGCCUGGUUUAAAACCCUGAGUGAUUUUAGUCCAGGCAGUCUUUAAUGAAGGCUGCGGGGGAAGAAGACCUGAUUUAAGCCAAAUCCUUCUGAACACCUGGACUCUUUAGGCCCGGCAGCUUCCCUCCAAGUCCAGAUCUGUACCUGCAGACGGACGCAGAAGUAUCAAAUAAUCACAGGAGUAUUUAAGUCCAGUGAUGGCUGAACGGAGGGGCUCCUAUGGCGUGUUAACCAGCGUUCUGCUGGUCAUGGUGCUGCUGCCUGUCUUCUUAUCCGCUGGUCCAGUCGCAAAGAAAUCCAAAAGAGAUGUCGGUGAGAGUAUCCAGGAGAAGGCGGCUACUGCAGCAUCACACAGGAAGCUGAUCCGAAACCGCAGGAACAUCAGCUGGUACAAACAGCACUCUGACUUCUGGGCCUGGUACAAGUACUUUACCGACAACAGCAACCAGGAGGCAGUUCAGGAGAUGGAUCGCAUCUACCUGGCAUACCUCCAGAACAAGAACCGAGCCGAGGCCCAGCGCUCCUAUAAGGCCUACCUGAACCACCUGGGAGACAUUUACAAGUCCUGCGCAGAUUCUGAUGAUCCCAACUGUGUAGCGUCUUACACAGCCAGGCCCAAACCUAAAGUAGAGCUCCCCAAAGCAGCACCAGUAAAAACCUGCAACCCCACCAAGGACCCACACUGCCUGUACAUGGCUUUAGUCCAGGGCAAGAGCCCCUACCAGCCCUUGGUGCUUCCAGCUGCCCCAGCUAAAGCCCCAGCUCCCCUGUAUGUCCGCUCUGCAGCUGCUCCAGCUAAAGACCAGCAAUCAGGAUAUUACCACUACGCUCCAUCAGCAGUGUCCUUCCUGACCGCGGAGCAAAAGGCCGAGCUGCUUCGUAUCUGCUCCUCCGAUGAUGUGGAUUGUCUGCAGUAUCAUCUCAGAGCUGCCUAUGGCUAUCACCCCUCUGCUGCUUCCCUCCCCUCAUACGCCCACCUGGGCUGUGACCCCAAGAAGGACCCCUCCUGCAAACCCAAACUGGUGCAAAAGGCUCCUUCUGGUCUCUACUCGCAGUAUCCCAACUGUGAUCCAUACCGUGAUCCCUACUGUGCCUAUGCUGCUUCCCUCGCGGCUCCCCGCGCUCCCAACCCCCCUGCCCCUGCUGGUCCCGGUUCCUGCAACCCUCUCUUUGAAGAUAAUUGCAACCCCCUGACUGCCACCAGGUACUCCUCGCCCCCAGAAGAGUACCGAAGUGAUGAAAGAGAUGAUGCCGCUGCUAUUCGUGCCGCGCCUCCUGCCGCUGAACAGAAUGACCCCUACGCCAUGUUUAGGGAUGCUUAUGCUAAUGCUAACAGAGUCCCUGAUCCUUACGCCAUGUACCGUCAGCCUCCAACCCCAGCACCUCUUCCAUCUGUCGACCCAUACACCAUUCUGCGCCAGUACAUGGCCCAAGCUCACAAUAACGACCCGUAUGCUCCACGUAUGGCCGCUCCCGAGACUAAUCCUAAUGAUCCUUUCUCUGCUGUCCGUAAUUCCAUGAAUCGUCAAAGCCCUCCCACAUCCAGGCACCAGCACCCGCUUUCCCGUCCAAGUUAUGAGGAGCCAUCCCAGGAUGAGCACCACCCUCUGGGUCCUCCAGGUAAAACCAAAGAGGGCUAUGAUUGCUUCAUUGGUUAUGAUCGCGAAUGCUACCCAGUGAGACCCAGCCAACCUCGCUCUGGAGCACACCGCCGUAUCCCCUACCCUGCUGAGGCCUACGAGCCUCACCUGAACGCUGACGGUACCCGCAAUGGUGUCCUGGAACCUGCCAACCCCGACUGUGACCCAGAGCGCGAUCCCGACUGCAGACUGCGUCGCCAAGAGGUGGAGCAGGCCCACUCAGAGACCUGGCCCGAGCAUCACAUCGAGGAGGACAACAACCAGGGUGCCAGAGAGAGCGAGCAGCAGGAACAGGAGCCCUACCAGAGCGGUCAGGAGGAGCCUCACAUGCCAUACCAGCCUCACUCUCAGGGUAUGCCUAGCCUCCAGGACAUCCUCAGGCUGUACGGAGACCGCUACCCCGAGCAGGAUGACCACAGAGCUUACGCAGACGACUAUCGCAAAAAGUAAUCAUGCACACGCAUGCAGAUGGACAUGAGUAGAACAGUCCCGUGCAUUCAUGUAGCUCAGUCCCUGAAUGCCGCAAGUAACCAGUUCCGACUGGUCAGAAAAUGGGACGGGGUGAAGUUUAUGGACCUAAGGAGCAAGAACAUGCACACGUGUCCAGAUUUAUCCUCCUGCUGAAGGAGCAUGCUCACAAGCCUUGCUGAACAUCCAUGUUUUUUUCAUGACUUUAGAUGCUUCAGAUCUGUUUGUCUCACCUUCAACCUCCUCCUAGCGCUCAAGCUUGUAAUAAACUCUUUAAUUCCAUCUUUAUCUUUGCUUUUAGAAAAUUCUCCUUGUUUUGGUCCGUGACGGAUUGUGGAAACGUUUUCUUCCAUUUUGAAUGUUCUAACAAUUAAAAGAAAAUCCUCCUGAGGAGUCCGAA